AUGAAGCAUCUCAUUGCUGUGGGGGCUUGUUACCUGGAUACGAUCCUCACGAACGUCACCUCUACUGCUCUCAAUAUCCGACGUGGAGGCAACUGUCCCAACUCUCUUCAGGUCUUAGAACAAUUACUCUCCGAGCACGACACCCUCCAGCUACAUCUAGUAUCACCCCUUCCCGCUGCAACGUCGUCCGCAACACAGCGUGUUAUAUCGUCGUUCGGUGUACAGUCGAACAUUGACUUCAGCCACUGCGUUUAUCGCGAGGAGAGCACGGAGGCGGCGAGCAGUUACAUCAUGCGUAGCGAGGCAUCGGGUAGUCGCACGCUUGUCAACUACAAUGGCUUAUUAGAGAUGACCGAAGACGAGUUUGGCAACAUCGCGCGAGGCUUCAACCCGGACCAGGAGACAUGGUGGCACUUUGAGGGCCGAAUCCCGGAUACCAUACAGAGCUGUAUCCGUCUCCUGCGUAACGUACUACCAAAAGCGACAAUCAGUGUCGAAAUUGAGAAGCCUGGUAGAGAGGGCCUCUCUGAGCUGGCAGCAGAAGUGGAUGUUGUCUUCUAUUCGCGAAGUUGGGCUGAGAGUCGAGGAUACAAGACUCCGGAACAAUGCUUGAGAGCUGAAGGGCAUCAAAAGGCGUCACUGGCACUGUGUACGUGGGGUGAAGAUGGAGCAGCUGGGCUGUCUCGAUCGACAGGCGAGAGUAUUCACUGCCCUGCCCUGGAUAAAUCAGGGCGAGACAUUUCCGUGCUCGAUGCCGUGGGAGCGGGGGACACUUUCAUAGCCGGAAUGCUGUACGGACUGAUCUGUCACCCUGACGACUGGAGCAUGGGGCAGAAGCUCGGUUUCGCCGUUCGACUGGCUACGCUCAAAGUGCAGCGGGAGGGGUUCGACGGACUCGGAAGAGACAUGCUUGGAACGGAGAUUGGAGGCGUCUGA